ACCAGGCGCUGGCCAUGUGUCCCUGACCCUGAUGGCCAGUCUGGAGCAUCCUAGUGGAUCUGACUCGAUCCCCUCCUGCAGGCAUCAUGGCACAGAGCAGGGCGCUGUUGCUCCUGCUGCUGUUGCCACCGCAGCUGCACCUGGGACCCGUGCUUGCUGUGAGGGCCCCCGGGUUCGGCCACAGUGGCACCCACAGCUCAGGCCCUGAAGAGAACGAAUUUGUGGAGGAGGAGCCGGUACUUGUCCUGAGCCCUGAUGAGCCAGGACCUGGCUCAGCCGGAGCUGACUGUCCACGGGAGUGUGCCUGCUCCCAGGAGGGCGUGGUAGACUGCGGGGGCAUCGACCUGCGGGAGUUCCCAGGAGACCUGCCGGAGCACACCAGCCACCUGUCACUGCAGAACAACCAGCUGGAGAAGAUCUACCCGCAGGAGCUGUCUCGGCUACACCGACUGGAGACGCUGAACCUCCAGAACAACCGCCUGACAUCCCGAGGGCUUCCCGAGGAGGCGUUCGAGCACCUGGCCAACCUCAACUAUCUGUACCUGGCUAAUAACAAGCUGACCUUGGCACCCCGAUUCCUGCCAAACGCCCUGAUCAGCGUGGACUUUGCUGCUAACUAUCUCACCAAGAUCUAUGGGCUCACCUUUGGGCAGAAGCCAAACUUGAGGUCUGUGUACCUGCACAACAACAAGCUGGCCGAUGCUGGGCUGCCUGACAACAUGUUCAAUGGCUCCAGCAACGUGGAGAUCCUCAUCCUGUCCAGCAACUUCCUGCGCCACGUGCCCAAGCACCUGCCGCCUGCCCUGUACAAGCUGCACCUCAAGAACAACAAACUGGAGAAGAUCCCGCCAGGCGCCUUCAGUGAGCUGAGCAACUUGCGUGAGCUUUACCUGCAGAACAACUAUCUGACAGACGAGGGCCUGGACAACGAGACCUUCUGGAAGCUCUCUAGCCUGGAGUACUUGGACCUGUCGAGCAACAACCUGACCCGGGUCCCGGCCGGGUUGCCCCGCAGCCUGGUGCUGCUGCACCUGGAGAAGAACGUCAUCCGCAGUGUGGACGCCGACGUGCUGACGCCCAUCCGCAGCCUUGAGUACCUGCUGCUGCACAGCAACCAGCUGCGGGCGCAGGGCAUCCACCCGCUAGCCUUCCAGGGCCUCAAGCGGCUACACACGGUGCACCUAUACAACAAUGCGCUGGAGCGGGUGCCCAGCGGCCUGCCCCGGCGCGUGCGCACCCUCAUGAUCCUGCACAAUCAGAUCACGGGCAUCGGUCGGGACGACUUUGCCACCACCUACUUCCUGGAGGAGCUCAACCUCAGCUACAACCGCAUCACCAGCUCGCAGGUGCACCGUGACGCCUUCCGCAAGUUGCGCCUGCUGCGCUCCCUGGACCUGUCUGGUAACCGCCUGCAAACGCUGCCGGCCGGGCUGCCCCGCAAUGUGCACGUGCUGAAGGUCAAGCGCAAUGAGCUAGCCGCCCUGGCCCGUGGGGCUUUGGCAGGCAUGGCACAGCUACGCGAACUCUACCUCACUGGCAACCGGCUGCGCAGCAGGGCCCUGGGGCCACGUGCCUGGGCUGACCUCGCCCAUCUGCAGCUGCUGGACAUCGCUGGGAAUCAGCUCACGGAGAUCCCGGAGGGCCUCCCGGAGUCACUUGAGUACCUGUACCUGCAGAACAACAAGAUCAGCUCCGUGCCUGCCCAUGCCUUCGACUCCACCCCCAACCUCAAGGGCAUCUUUCUCAGGUUUAACAAGCUGGCCGUGGGCUCUGUGGUGGAAAGCGCCUUCCGGAGGCUGACACAGCUGCAGGUCUUGGACAUUGAAGGCAACUUUGAAGUUGGUGAUGUUUCUAAGGACCGUGGCCACUUGGAAGAGGAGGAGGAAGAGGAGGAGGAGGAAGAAGAAGAGGAGGACGAACCAAGAUAGUGACAAAGUG